GGUGGGGCUACGCAUUCAGUUAGCAAACAUUUCGUAUGUGAAAAACGCCAGAGAGAUUGAGCCAUCCAGAUAGACAGCCAUGGCCCUGUAGCCAUACGUCAAAGUCAAGAUAUCUGCCACAGAGCACCAGUCGGUGGACGUCAUCUAGGCAAACCAAGCGAGGCGACCUGCUGCCGUUGGCCUGGAGCUUUUACAGUCAGACUACAUACCUACAAGUCAGUCAUGGAGACCAGUACCGUCCUGAGACACUUCCAGAUCAAACCUUAUCCAGCUCAACAGGCCGUAACAAGGAAUUUACCCAUUGACACCCCCAGGAACACCACAGCCACCACGGAGCACCCCACAGUCGGUAUGGCUUCCAGUAUUGAAUCAGUGGACACCAUUAUACUGGGAGUGUCUGUAAUAGCAGUUGUUGUGAUAAUACUGCUAAUUAUAACCAUGGUUCUCCGCUUCAUGGCCCAUCAGAAAGGUACAUAUUACACCCAUGAGGAGGCUUUAGCAUUUAAGAGUGACCCUGAGGUGCAGGAGGUCACCGAAGAUCCAGAAGAUCGGGAAGCUUCAGAAGCUUCAGAAGCUCCAGAAGAUCGGGAAGCUUCAGAAGCUCCAGAAAAUCCAGAAGAUCCGGAAGCUUCAGAAGCUCCAGAAGAUCCGGAAGCUUCAGAAGCUCCAGAAAAUCCAGAAGAUCCGGAAGCUUCAGAAGCUCCAGAAAAUCCGGUAGCUUCAGAAGAUCCGGAAGCUUCAGAAGAUCCGGAAGAUUCAGAAAUUCCGGAAGCUUCAGAAGCUCCAGAAGAUCUGAAAAAUCCAGAAGAUCCGGAAGAUCCAGAAAAUAAGCAAGACACGGAAGACCCGGAAGAUCCGGAAGACCUGGAAGAUCCAGAAGAAGAGGAGCCUUAGUAUCUUCUGGCGGGAAGCCUUUUGGGACGUUUCCUGUGUGAAAUGUAUCACUGUGCGCGACAGAAGGAUCGGUCUUGGUUCUUCUUCCUUUUUGCUCUCCAAUUACAUAUGCCUUUUCCAACAGAUGUCCUAUUCGGACGGCUUCACACUCAACCACUACUAAAAUAAAACAGAUUUCCAUGUGGAGAAGCACUUGUGUGCUAAUUAUUUUACUUUGUGUUUUAAAGAGUCCUUAAAUUAUAUUAAAAUGUGAGGGGGUUUUAUACUGUAAACUUUUACCCUUAUGAAUUAACACAUUAAUGUUUCCAUGUAGAAUCUUUUAUAUUUCCAUACUGUGAAGUUCUUUGCGAAUAUUAAGUGUGUUUUUCAUAAAUUAGUUAAUUUACGCUAACUUUAGUGACUGGUGUCACGUGUAUCUCUUUGUAGAAUCUCCUGUGCAAAGAUUAAGACACCAGAAUUGAAUUAAACACCUCCACUUGAUUCACUAUCCAGGUGGUUGUCAAUAGCUACUCAUCACAUAUGCCAGUUGUUUUGGAACAUCUGUAGUAAUGAAAAAAAAUAUUCACAGGUGGAAGAAGAGUGCGAGAGCCUUCGGCAACUGUCCAUAUUUAAAUUACAUUUUAAACUAUAUUCCAGUCCAAAACAGACAUUUAAAAAUUGAAUAUUUUUGAUAAAGCAAAUACACCCUUGGUUCGCAUAAGAGACUUCAUAAAAGAAAAAGAAAAAAAUCUUACCAACCUCAAACUUUUGAACUGUGAGUCUUCUUUUCUUCCUUCUCAGAUUCAAUUAUAUAAACCAAGUAACAGCUUUUAUUAUCUUUGUGGUUUGUUUGUCCAUAUUUUUAUGCUUUAUUUUAGGCUACAGUUUGUUUUGCUUGUUAUGAAUAAAAUGAGUGAUGCAGCAAA